AUGAGUGGUAUAGCAAUCAAGCUUGGUGCUUUGCUGGUAAGGCAAAUCACCCGUCCGAUGGCGAACGUAUUGAAGCGACAAGCCAAAAACCAUGCAGCUUUCAACGAGAUAUGUAUCAUGCUUGCUCAAAAGAUGCAUGUUACUGACGUUAUACUAAGAAGUAAGUUGACGCCAACGAAAUUUCGACAACCAAUCCGUCCGUUAAAUGAUGCAAAAGCCGUUGAGAAUGGUGCAACUCUACUUAGUGAAGCAUUUGUAUUUACUGUUACAGGGUCUGUAGUAGUUUGGGAGACCUUAAGGCAGCGCCAAAAGGAGUUGGAUAGGCGUGAACAAGUCAGUAAGGAUAUAUCAACCUUACAAUCCGAGAUAGAAGAACUUAGAUCUACUAUUACAGCUCAGAAUGAUGAGCUGCAUUCUCUAAGAGAAAGCAUUCGCCAGGAGCUGGCGACAAUGAAAAACCGCAAACAUUCAAAAGCACCCAACACUGAGUAA